UUUCAUACUGAUUGAGAAGUUCAGGAACCAGUCCGAGAGACUACUGGCCCCUAAUGAGCACCCGUUGCUCGUACUGACCCAUUGGGGCGAAUACGCACAGGACGUACAGUUUGUGAUGAAACGCAGCGAAGGUGUGGCCGCCAAAGUGCACCAAAACUUGGCUACUAGUCCGCCGCAAGUACCCGGCUCAGUGUCGCAGGUCAUGCAUACGAGUGUGAAUACGUCUGGCUCGGCACUGGUGGGCAGUGGCGCCGGUAGUCCUAACAGAAGGGAUUUGUUUAAUAAUUCCGUUAAUAGAAAGUCCGGCAAUUUUCGACCAAAUUCUGAUAAGACAUCUUCGACAUCGCCAUCAAUGGCUAAACAGGCGGCAUCUCAAGCGGCACCGAUAGCCAAGAAUGGCAACAUUAACAGCACCACCACUCCCAUCGCCCACCAGCCCAUUGCACACAUUAGCGCACCGGCACUGACACACAAUCAGUCGACUACCAGUCCUGUCAAACAACAGCAACACUCGACGCCAACCAUUAAUAACACGACAAACACUAACUCAAUCUCUAGUCAUAACCUAAACACUACUAAUAGUAAUCAUAAUCUGAACACAAAUGUCAUUCAUAUGAAUAACAUGAAUAUGAAUACAAAUAUCAAUCAUAACAACAAUAAUAACAUUACAAACAACGAUAUGUUGACCGAAACGCAGCAA